CAUUAUUUUUUAUCGUAGUUAUACAUAUUUGAUUGAUAUUAGAACUUUGUUAGUGUAUAGCGUAAUAACAAGUUAUUACGAAAGUAAUUGGAGAAUCCGAAUUAAAUUACCCCGUUCUGUAAGUUAAGGAUAAUUUAUUUCAAAUAUGUAAUAGUGUUUAAUUAAAACAGAUAUGUUAAGAAUGUAUUUUUAUGUAUAGAGAUGAGAGAUUGAAGCACUGGCGUGUGAUCUGUAGCGCCGUAGCGCCAUUAUCACGUAAUCCAUGAGAUGAGAGAGCCUCACUGGCGUGUGCCAUGGUUACUUAAUAGAUGAAAAUAUUUUUUCCUGGUUUUCCCAAUGUAGUGGGCAAAGUAGCUUGCGGGUUGUCUGAUGGCAAGCAAACUCCGGUCCCAUGAACGCCAUCAACAUGAUGCAGAUCAUCAAUGUGUCUAUUUUGAUAGAUUGUCUGAUUCAUAGAGUUCAAAAAAACUAUUCAAAUUUGUUUAUAAGUGAAUCUUUUUUUAGUGAUAAUGUCAAAUAGCCUGGACAUAAUAACAUUUGAAGACUUGGAAGCAACUGACGUAAUAUCAGUAGAACUAGUUCCAGAGCGCAAGGGCCUAAUAUUGAAGCACUGUGAAUACUUUGUCAGCUCCCGCAGACACGGCACAACCGUGACACGGAGAUAUAAUGAAUUUGUACAACUAUAUGAUGUGCUGUAUGCUAAAUAUCCUUACCGUUCUGUCUGUCGUUUGCCCCCAAAACGCGUGGUCGUCGGCGGUGGCAGCCCCCGCUUCCUGCAGCGGCGCCGUGCAGCGCUACAGCGGUGGCUGACCAUCAUAUCCAGGCAUCCAGUACUAGCCCACGACGCCGACCUGAGGACGUUCCUCUGCGAAGCCACGAUGAGGUUAGAGAAGCCCAAACAUGAUGAGUUCGUGCUUGCCGGAAGCCAGGAGGACACACCUAGAAGCAUGCCAACAGACGCGAUGCAAGCAGCGUUUGUGACCGAACAGGAGCAAUUGAGACUCGUUCAUCUUGGUUUGGGGAGGCUGUACCAGAUUUGCGAGAGAGUGGAGAGCCGUAGCGAAGCUGAGAGGGCGGACAUUAGGGAGCUGGGCGCUGGACUAAGUUCUCUCUCAGCUCCCAGCACCGCAGAUUCCGCGCGCUGGAUCUGUGUCAAGGAGGCGCUGAGGGUCGCUGCUGACUUAGCGACAGAAAUGGGCGAGGCGCCGAUCGAGGACGGUGACUUUACAGAAGAGGGUCCAGGAGGCAGGGUGUUGCUAGCGUUGGACGCUCUAGGGGCUUACCGGGAGCUGUGCGGUCGAUUGACCCGGGGGUUGCACGGGGAAAGGGCAUUGGCCGCGGCGAAUGCCCCCCAUUCUGCUGCUUCGCAAGUGCUGAGGCAGAGGCAUUGGUACGCGCUGAAAAGCUCUUUGGAGGAAGCGAAACUGGGCCGCGCUUACGCAUUAGCAGCGUUAGAAUCUCUGCCUGAACUGUUCCGCCGACACGGCAGUACGCAUGCGCGCGCCGCCGCGUUGUGGGCUCAGCUGCAUCCUGCUCUAAGACACACACACAACUGACAUUAGACAGAGAAAGCUAUAGACGCCGCCAUAUCCAUUCAUAUGUAUAGCAUGCUAUAACAUAGUCAAUUUUGAAAUUAGAAAUGAGUAGAAACGAAGCUUCACAAUUUGCCACUUGUAUGAGAUUAGCCGGAUAAGUUGUAUGGUAAUCUUUCGAUUGGAAUCUCAUUUACACUCGUCGUGUAGUUUUAUUAGUCUUUGAAUAUAACGGAUUCUCUCUCUCUCUCAUCUUCAUAUUCUGCGUUGAAGCGAGGGCACUGACUGGGUCGGCAUUAAAAAAUAAAUGCUCGAACGUCAUCCAAGGAUAUACGUAUUAAUUGGUUUAAAUACAUACUUGACGACCGCGGUGGCGCAGUGGUAAAGUGUUUGCCUCUGAACCGAGAGGUCCAGGGUUCGAUCCCCGGUCGGGUCAUGAUGGAAAAUGAUAUUUUUCUGAUCGGCCCGGGUCUUGGAUGUUUAUCCCAUAUCCCAUGACACAAGACUCGAACUUACUUUGGGGCUAGCUCAAUCUGCCUCAAACAAGCCCUUAAAUGCGAAAGUCUGUCUGUUGCGCUUCCACGUCUUAACCGCCGCGCGCCACGUCUUAACGGCUUUUAUCAUUUUAAUCUAUGUCGUACAUAAAAUACCUACAUAAAAUACGAAAAAUCAUUUAUAUAAAUCUCGAAUUGAAGUAAGUGCUCAAAAUAACAGAUAUUAUUACAAGUAAAUAAAAACCAUUUCGGCCUAUAAUUUUUGAGAGUUAUUGCUAAUAAUGGUAUGGCCUAUUUAAUAACCCUAUUAUUAAAGUGAUAUGGUUUAUAUUCGUCUCUCACGUUUAACAAUUUUAUAAUCUCUUGUUGACUUAAUUUAGGUAGUCCAAUAUAUGUUGAUUUCAUAAUAAAUGUAUAGUUUUUCGCAAUAUACAAUUUGUUGUAAGAUUUAUAAAUACCUACCCUGUAAUUCACUUUAAGCUAAAGCAUGUUUUGUCUCUUUCUGUCAAUGUCAAAUAUUAUAAAGUUUGAUAGUAAACAAUCAUACUUUAGCAUAAAAUUGAUAUAACUUUUUUAUGAAUAACGGGGCAAGUUGAUAUUAUAAUAAAUAUUUUAUACAUUCCUUAGAUUGUAGAAUAAAAAUGUAUUGGAUCAGAUCAAAAUUAGAAAAUAAAUUGGAAUAUAUUUUUAUUUUUUAUGUGAAGCUGCUCAAUAAAAAUUGAUUUAAACACUGCAAAUUAAAAAAAAUCUCUAAUUCUAAUGCUUUUAUUUAAUUAUAUUUUAGAUAAUUUAUAUAACAUAUGAUGUACAAAUGUGACCAAACAUUGAAAACACCAUAGACACUGUGAUAUAGAAAAUAAUAGCAGCUUUUUAAAAUUUGCUAUUGGUUUAGUUUAUUUCUCAGCUAUGAGUGAAAAAGGGCAAUAACCCGACCCGAUUAACAUAGCGCUGUCACUCUUCCAUUAUAAUGCCAUCGCGUUCAAACGGUGGCCUUGUGUGUGUAAUAUUUAUGUAAAAAGACGCAGAAAUUAUUUAAAAAAAUAUAUGUAAUCUAACCAUAGAUUAAGAAACUACGCCUAGAUAAAAUAUUAUUUUUGUAAUUUGAAAUAGUAUUGUGCAAUCAGAUGUCUAUUUUGAAAUGGUAGUCAAUAAGUACCUUUAAAUGACACAUUCCAUUAUGCUAUGUUGUAUAAGUAUUAUUAAUUUUAAUAAAUGUUAAGUUUAAAUGUUGUGACAAUAUUAAAGUACAUAUAUAUUUAUGAA